AUCCUCGAAGGGUGGAAAAUGAUAUUGAAUAUCAAUAAGAAAAAGCUUCUGCUGCUCUCGGUACUAGCAGCAGUAGUGAUCGUUGCCCUCGUCGUUGGCCUUACCGUUGGUCUACGGUCCCGAGACGAUAACAGUCAAUCCGCUUCCCAUGCACGGCUUACCGGUGCAGCCGUCACAGCGAACGGCAUCGAGUGUGCCGGCAUCGGCGAGGACAUACUGCGUCGCAACGGUUCGGCAGUGGAUGCCGCCAUUGCCACACUGUUCUGUGAAGGUGUUACCUGUCCGCAGAGUAUGGGACUCGGCGGUGGCUUCCUAGCAACAAUCUACAUCCGCGAGACGAACAAAGCCCAUGCGUUGAUUGCGCGGGAAGUGGCACCGGCCGCAGCCACCCAGGACAUGUACGUAAACCAAUCCUCAGUGACGGGUGGUCUUGCGGUGGCCGUACCCGGCGAAUUGAAGGGCUACUGGACACUGCACCAACAAUACGGACGGCUCGAGUGGAAAGAGCUAGUCGAGCCGACGAUUCGGCUAUGUCGGGAGGGCCAUAUGGUUACGGGGUAUCUGGAGCGGAUAUUGAAAGGCCGCGAGGAACGUAUCCGCAACGAACCAACGCUGCGAGACGUGUUUAUUAAUCCGGCUACGCAGCAAACCUGGCAGGAGGGUGACCGGCUGAAACGACCGACGUUGGCCGAUACGCUAGAAGUGAUCGCGACGGAAGGUGCUGAUGCGCUGUACAGUCGCAACGGAACGCUGCUGCCGAAGCUGAUGCGCGAUCUCAAACUGUUCGGAAGCAUCAUCACCGAGGACGACUUUUACAACUAUGAGCCACGGUGGAUAGCUCCGGUACAAACCAGUAUUAGAAAAUCUAGUCAAGUUUACACGAUGCCGCUUCCCGGCAGUGGAGCCAUUUUGAACUACAUGCUAAACAUCCUAGACAACUACGACGACCUGCGGCCGGGUGAUCCACUCUCGUGGCACCGGAUAGUGGAGAGCUUCAAGCACGGGUACGGCAUGCGCACAAGGGUCGGCGAUCCAAUGUACGUGCCGGGCAUUGAAGACGUGCUGGACAAGCUGUCGAGCAAGACGUACGCUCGGUACAUCUACGAAACGAUCAAAGACGAUCAGACGAGCUCGGAGUAUGCACACUAUGGGGCCGAAUUUUCCAACGAGCAGGACCAAGGUACGGCGCACGUGUCCGUGCUGGCCCCGAACGGUGAUGCGGUCGCGAUCACGAGCACAAUCAACAAUAUCUUGGGUGCCAUGGUGCGCUCCACCACGACCGGUAUCGUGCUGAACGACGAGAUGGACGAUUUCGCCACGCCCGGACUAAUAAACUCGUACGGUUUGCCGGCAUCACCCGCCAACUUUAUCGUGCCCGGCAAGCGUCCGCUUUCCUCGAUGACACCGACGAUCGUUACGGACGAAACGGGCGAUGUGCGGAUUGUGGCUGGUAGUGCGGGUGGCUCGCGUAUUACCACCGCCACGAUGCAGCUGAUCGUGCGACAUCUGAUAUUUGGCGAAACGCUGGACACUAUCAUUACUACGCCCCGGAUGCAUCAUCAGCUGGCGCCGAUGUCGAUCGAGUACGAGAAAGGGUUCGAUCCGGUUGUGAUCGCCGGUCUGCAGGCUCGUGGUCACGUGUGCAAUGAGGCAGCGUCGGAUGGUGGGUUUGCCGCACUGACGGCGAUCAUACGCCAUGCGGACAAUCGCAUCGAGGCUACGUACGAUCCGAGACGAUCCGGAAGUAUCUCCAUUUUGAAGGAUUCAUUCACGUACGAACAAUCGACCGUACGCAACACCAUGAAGCGCCGGACCAUUCUCACCCUACUGAUCGCAGCGAUCAUACUGACGAUCCUUACGGUGGUGUUUGUGCUUGCCACCCAGGGCAACAUAACACUGCCACCGGCCAGCGAUGUACCACAGCAGCAGCAGCAUCGGCAUACCGGUGCGGUCGUUGCAAACGGGGCCGAAUGUGCCUCCAUUGGCGCACAAAUCCUAAGACUCAAUGGAACAGCCGCUGAUGCCGCCAUUGCGACACUCUUCUGUGAGGGUGUCACGUGUCCACAAAGUAUGGGCCUCGGCGGAGGUUUCCUAUUAACAAUUUAUGAUCGAAAGAACGGUACGAUCGAAACGCUGAACGCACGCGAAACGGCUCCGGCCGCUUCUGAGCGUACUAUGCUGCGUGUGGCCAAGGAACGGGGUCAGGACACGCGAGGACUAACUGUGGCAGUACCGGGUGAACUGAAGGGUUACUGGGAGUUACAUCAACGGUACGGACGGCUCGAGUGGGCUACCCUUGUGCAGCCAACGAUCGAGCUGUGUGAACGGGGACAUCUGGUGACGCCAUAUUUGAGCAGAAUUUUAAAGCGCGUGGAGACUCAACUCUAUGAGGAACCAUCGAUGAGGGAAGUGUUUAUUAAUCCGGCAACAAACCGCACCUGGCAGGAGGGAGACACGAUCAAGCGACUAAAGUUGGCGGAAAGUUUGCGGAUCGUGGCACGGGAAGGCGUUGACAGUUUGUACAGCAGGAACGGUACGCUACUCAAGAUGCUGAUGGAGGAUCUAAAGUCGUUUGGCAGUAUUCUAGACGAGGAAGACUUCUUGAGUUAUAGGCCACGCUGGGAGUCUCCCGAUUCAGUGACACUAAAAACGGGCGAACAGGUCCAUUCCAUCACGGUUCCUGGUAGUGGAACGGUGCAGAACUUUAUGCUCCGCGUUUUGGAUGGCUACACCGACAUGAAGGCAAACGAUUCCCUUACCUGGCAUCGUAUUGUGGAGAGCAUGAAGUUUGCGUACGGUUUGCGCACACGGAUCGGUGAUCCUGCGUUUACACCGGAAGCGAUUGAAACUAUUGGCAAUAUGACGGAUCCACGGUUUGCGAUGCACGUCCGCAAUAAGCUGAUCGAUGAUGACCGGACGCACAACGAUUUCGUAUACUAUGGUGCUGAGUUUGCUGACGUUGAGGACAAGGGAACAGCCCAUAUCUGUGUAUUGGCACCUAACGGUGAUGCAGUAUCGGCAACGAGUACCAUUAACUAUCUACUUGGCGCCAAAAUACGUUCCCAAUCGACGGGCAUCAUUCUGAACGAUGAAAUGGAUGAUUUUUCCACACCGGGCACUGUCAAUACGUACGGCUUGCCGGCAUCGCCCGCCAAUUUCAUUACCCCGGGCAAAAUUCCACUCUCCUCCAUGACGCCCUCGAUCGUUACUGAUCGCAGCGGUGCGGUGCGAAUGGUUCUUGGUGGUGCCGGUGGAUCACGCAUCACCAGUGCGACGGCCGUCAUGAUCUAUCGCCAUCUGGUGUUUGGCGAUGAUCUUGAGACAAUCAUGAACGAGAAACGGCUUCACCAUCAGUUAGCACCGAUGUGGGUUGAUUAUGAGGCAGGAUUCCCGCAGUCCAUACUGGACGGACUAACGGCGAAAGGACACCGUGUGAAGGAGAAAACUCCCGAUGCCGGAUUUGCCGCUGCUACUGGGAUUGUGCAGGAUGCGAAGGAGCAGAAGGUUCAGGCUGCCUUCGAUCCGCGGCGCGGUGGCAGUGUGGAGAUUGUGAAAAUGUGA